CAGCGGAGAAUCGGCGGUUUCCGCUUCCGCCGCCCUCUUUCUCAUCCACCCUGCGGCCGAGCGGCAGACUCAGACAUGCAGAUCUUCGUGAAGACCCUGACGGGCAAGACCAUCACCCUCGAGGUCGAGCCCAGCGACACCAUCGAGAAUGUCAAAGCCAAAAUCCAGGACAAGGAGGGCAUCCCACCUGACCAGCAGCGGCUGAUAUUUGCUGGCAAGCAGCUGGAGGAUGGCCGCACCCUCUCAGACUACAACAUCCAGAAAGAGUCCACCCUGCAUUUGGUGCUUCGCCUUCGAGGUGGCAUCAUCGAGCCCUCUCUGCGUCAGCUUGCACAGAAGUACAACUGCGACAAGAUGAUCUGCCGCAAGUGCUAUGCCCGCCUGCACCCCCGUGCCGUCAACUGCCGCAAGAAGAAGUGUGGCCACACCAACAACCUCCGCCCCAAGAAGAAGGUCAAAUAAAGUUGGCCACCACCGAGGGGCCAGGUUGGCUUCUGCCAGCCCCGCACCCAGGGCCUAAAUAAAGUUUCCCUUACGUAGACUGGAGCAGUAA